AAAAUGUGUAGAGAAACAAAAUGGCAUUCAACGAAUACACAACGAGCUAUUGAGGCAAGGGAGAACCGACCGUAGUACAAAACCAAAGUGAAAAGCAUAACACAAAUAUUGUUCGAAAAAAAAGAAGAAGAAGAAGAAUCAAACUACACACACGAAACGUUCGUGUAACCGUAUGGAAUGCGAAAGUGGUAGCAAGCCAAAUUGCCCGAGAAAUACGUGACUUGUUUUUGGCAGACUCGGUCGGUACGUGAAAGAAGAGUCAAGCAUGAGAAUCGUGCGCACGAACACAACCAUACGGGUGUGCGUGUAUGUAUGCACGCCAUUCAAAUAAACACGCACACGGACGACGACAACGAGCGCGUUUACAGGCAUUCGUUUAUGGUUUGGUGUGCGUUUAAAUGCGAUGUCGUGACAGUCAUUUCGUACAUGUCAUUUGCUGUGUUCGGUUAGCAUUAUCCAAAUAAAAAAAAUAAACGAAAAAAUAACAAACCAUCGAGUUUCAUUUCAUUUAUUUUUCCCAAUUUUUCUAUUCGAUAAUUUUGCCAAUUGGUUUUGGAAAUUGGCGUAAAUUUUUUUAAUGGAUUUGGCCCGAGUACAAUAUACCGUAAAUAAUGAAUAAAGUGCAAAAAAUUCGAGACGAUUUAUCCCAAAUGAGUCCCAUGGAACGGGAAAAGCACAAAGAAGCGUUGGCCAAAAAAUUGAUGGAUAAAGAUCCGUCGGUUUAUUUGGUGAAACCGGAAAAAUCAUCAAAAAGUUGCGCUUGGGGUGCCGACUGUUUUUCGCUCAUUUUCAACAAUAAUGUUAAAGAAAACUACGUGUACUGCCAGAUUUGCUCCAAUUUGAUAACGUACAAUUCGGUGCAUGGCACGGGCAGUUUGUUGCGACAUCAUUGCUACAAAAAAGUGAUGAAUAUGCAAAAGGAGGAGCAUACUAUCGUGAAGACGUUGAAUUUCACCGCAUCACCGAAAAUACUGAAGAGUCGACCGCGCGGCAAUGAGAACAGCAGCCCAUUGGGUGAUAUUCUGCUAAAUUCGCCCGAGCUUAAAUUUCAGCUCAAAGGACGCGACAAUACGAAACAGAAGAAAGAAAUCGAAGAGUUGAUCGCUCGAGGUGAUCCAUCCAUCGAUAUGCGUGCACCAGAGAAUAUCAAAAGUGAGGUGUGGAGCAAUGGCAACUUCAAAAUUCUCUACCAAAAUGGCAAGAAGCUGGAUUUUGUGAUGUGCCUGUUCUGUCACUCGUUGAUAACGUACAAAAGUAAAACCGGGACAGCGAGUUUGCUGCGGCAUUCAUGUAUCAAAAGACUGACCGAAACGAUUAAACGUGAACGAACACCCACCCAAGAUGACAAUAUGCACGAAUAUGUAACGAUACCAAUUAGCGAGGAACAUGCCGAUGAUGUGGACGCAACACAGACGACAAGUGGCGCUGAUAAUUUAUCGUUUGACAACGAAAAUGACACCGAUCAAGAUCAAGAGCAAGAACAGUACUUGUCCAAUGAAUUUCCCGAGGAGCUGAAAGAGGAAGCCAUCAAAUUAUUCCACUACUUUAGCUUUAAAGACAUGCAACCGACGAAUUUGGCACAGAAAAAGGGCUUCCUCAGUUUUGGCCAAUAUUUGAUAAAUGUCGGCGCCGAAUACAAACGAGUCAAUAUCGAAGCCCUUCUCGACCCAAAACAUCCAACGGGUUUAGAGGUGGCCGAAAAAUCAACGAACAACCUGCAAAAAAUGUUGAAACCGAAAUUUGAAGAUCACAAAAUUGCCUUAUCCUGCGACUAUUGGCAUGAUCCGAAUCGCAAAAUUAAUUUCCUUACGCUAUACGGCCACUACAUAAGCGAUUUGUUUGAAAUAAAGAAAAUUAAUCUCCGUACGGUUAGUUUUGUUGAAGAAUUUUCAACGAUCGAUUACAAGCAACUCAUUGCAUCGAUGCUGGAGAAUUAUUUCACCAGCGAAAGCGAUAUCGAUGCGUUUUUAUCGAAAACAACGACCGUUGUGUUCGAUGAAAUGUUGGACUGUUUCAAAUCAUUUUCGACGAUCAAUUGUUCAUGUUUGACGCUGAACCGCAUUGUUAUUCAAUUGAUUGAUGAAUGUGGCCUUCGUGAAGCAUUGCCCAGUGAUAUUUUGGUAACAGAGAAUUGGUGUAACAUUUGGGAAUAUUUGUUUGACGACGCAAACAUCGGCGACGAAAACAUUGACACAGCGACCAUCGAUGAGUUCAAACGAAUCCUAGAUCCAUUCGCCAAAGCGGUGAACAUUUUAAGUUGCGAUCAAAAGCCCACCAUCAAUGAAGUCUACAUAUUACGUAAGAAAAUCGAGGAUCAUUUUCGAAAUGCACGUUUCGCGAAUGGUAAAAUCCGUGAUGUCGCCCUGAAUUUGAUUCGUGAAAAUUUUCCAAUGACAAAUCUACAUAAAAUCGCAUUAUUCCUGGAUCCACGAUUCAAAUCACUAAAAUUCAUGAGCCAUGAAGACAAAGCCAGUGUUUUGAGUAUGGUGAGUAAGAUGGUUAGUUCGGACGAAAAUGAAGGCAAUAUUAUUGCCUUUGGUGAGGAGAGCAAUGAAAAGCACUCAGUUCAAGCGUCUACCAUUAAUAAAUCCAGUGGCGCAUCGAUAAGUUCUGGCGGAGGCGGCGACACUGCUGACAGUACAAAAUAUCUCAUCGAAUACAUGGAUAUCGUAGAGGAACGAGAUGAAACACACGAUGAAGUCGAAAUUUAUUUGAAUUUAAAAUUCAAUGACAUCUCGACAAAUAUCCUAGAGUUUUGGGAUACACGCUACGAUUUGCCACGUCUACGACAAUUGGCCCGUGAAAUACUUUGCAUACCCGCUUCCGGUAUCGUUGCCGAAAAGAUAUUUUCCGGGGAUGCCGUUUUGCUGACCAAGCGACGCCUCAACAUGGAAAUCGCAAAUGUUAAGGAAAUGUUGCAUAUCCAUGAAAAUUUCGAAAUGUUAAUGAACGUAUUUUAAGAGACAACAACGCUAAGUUGUAAUUUGUAUUUGUAAAUCGAAAACAAAGGAAUUAUCGAAACCAGAAAAGUGUACAAUAAAGCCGCAAUCGAUCAAAACAA